AUGCCCAUCCAAAAUAACGAUUCAGAAGUUAUCUUAACUCAUCCUAAAAAUAGCCAAAGUUCCGUCACUAUCUUGAAGUACGGUGCUACAGUUUACUCCUGGAAAAUUAAUGGUGUUGAACAAUUAUGGUUGUCUACUGCAGCCAAGUUAGAUGGUUCCAAACCAGUUAGAGGUGGUAUCCCAUUAGUCUUUCCUGUGUUUGGUAAGAAUGAAACUGACCCAUUAUUAAGCAAAUUGCCACAACAUGGGUUAGCAAGAAACUCCACUUGGGAAUUUCUUGGGCAAGUCAAGGAGGACCCACCAACCAUUCAAUUCGGUUUAAAUAAGGAAAUUGCCAAUCCUGAACUAACCAAAUUGUGGCCACAGGACUUCCAAUUGGUUUUGACUGUGGAAUUGGGUGUUGAUUUCUUGAAGACUAGUAUCGAGGUGGACAACACUUCUAACUCUGAAGAAUUGAAAUUCAACUGGUUAUUCCACACCUAUUUAAGAAUUGAAGACAUUGAAGACACAAUGGUUUCAAACUUGGCUGGAAUGAACUUUUAUGAUCAAUUAAUUAAGGAAAGCAUGGUUGAUAAACAUCCUGUCGUUACUUUCCAUCAAGAAACUGAUGUCAUCUACAAGAAUGUGAAUGCUGACCGUGUGAUCCAAGUGGUCAACAGAGGUAAACCAAUUCAUACUUUGAAGAGAGAAAACUUACCAGACGCGGUGGUUUGGAAUCCAUGGGUCAAGAAAUCCGAAGGCAUGGGUGAUUUCGAACCAAAAUCUGGUUACAAGAAUAUGGUUUGUGUAGAACCAGGCCAUGUUCAUGAUUUUGUGGUUUUGGCACCAGGUAAAAAGUGGAAUGCGUCUCAAUUGUUAUACAAAGAUGCCUUGAACUACCAAGCCAUUUAA